CGUGAAUAGCUAAUCCUUCGUGUGUCUGGAGCUUUCUAGCAAUUCUGCUCCCUUCAGCAAGGCAAUAUUCACCACAUCCUGCCUAUUCAGUCCCGAAAAUUCAAGCUCCAACUUCUGCUGUCCCGGCUGCAAAAAAAGUGAAGCGAGCUCGGGUCGACGUCAUCAAUACAUCCCAUCCGCCCCGUUCUUCCAACCCCAGAACGUCGUCGACUUGCGGUCUUCUCGUCCUUUCCCCAUCCUCUUAUACUUUCUACCUUCAUCUAAAUUUUCGCCAUUAUGUCGAUGCCUGAGUUCGACCCGGCCCGUCGGCCCUCUCAGUCCGAGAAUCAAACCAUUCUCAAGUCCGAAAUCCCCUUGAAGGAACGGUUCUUCCGCUAUUUUCAGCAUGAGAUCACCGCGCUCCAGGAACAGAUGGAUCGGCUGGCCGAUACGUCGUUAGUGGGAGGUGAACGGACAGACGCAACCGAUCACUGUCUGGCGGGCAUUGCGCGCUUGUCCAACGAGGUCAAGGACGCAGCCAGCUACAUCCCAACCUAUGAUCAGCGGAUAUAUGCUGAGGCCAUCAAAGCUCUGCAGGACAAACUCGUCGAGACUCGAGCUGCAGUCGAACCACGACCAAAGUUUAGCUUCAAGACCAAGAAGAAUGCAUCCGCCAUUUCGCUGUCCGAUGCAGCGCAUCUCGCCGCUCAAGGUCGACGCAGUAUUCCUGGGUUCCCCUCCCCUGACACAUCUUCGGUCAGCUCGUCCGCGACACAAACCCCCAUGUAUCCGUCGACGCCUCUGAACGAGCCCGACAACCGCCUCCAUCUACAAAGACCGGAGCUUGCUCCGACCUCUAUCCCUGCAUUCACAGUGGAUGAAGAUGAGGACAAACCCAAGUCAGACGUAGGGGGUGGAUUUGCCGCAACGGCCGUGUCCUCAGUGUCUGUAAACAACCACCAUAACCUGCACAUCAUGCUGCCGUCCUCAGGCUCGACCGCAACUGUGCCCGCGUCCAUUACCCAUCUGCGACACUGCGUAGUCGACAUGUCCAUUCCCACCGCCAACGGAAAGCCGUACACCAGUCUGACCAUCAAGAGCGUUAAGGAGAGUCUCCUCGUCUGUGGCCAGAUCAACGGCCCGGCCCAUAUCACUGGUGUAGAGAACAGCAUUCUCGUGGUUGACUGUCGGCAAUUCCGGAUGCACAACUGCUCCAAUGUGGAUGUCUAUCUCAGCUGUUCUAGCAACCCGAUCAUCGAGGACUGCAGCAAUGUCCGAUUCGGUCGGAAGCCCCGUGUUUACACGCUCGAUCACGAUCGCCCAGAUGACGAAGAUCACUGGAGCCAGGUCGAAGAUUUCAAAUGGAUCAAGCCGGAACCCAGUCCCAACUGGAGCCUGCUGGAUGCCGAAGACGCCGUGCCGGAAGAAGUCUGGGCGGAGAUUGUGCCUGGUGGACCAGGCUGGUCGCUGGAUGAUAUUCUACGUGCGAUCAAUAUUUCAUCUCAUUAACUGAAUGUUUGCCAGUAACGAGCUGAGGAGGGAGUUGGCGUCCGGUUUAAUGAGUGUCAUAGUUGCAAUUACUGCAUUAUGAAUGCGAUGGGGACAAACAAGGUAAACAUAUUCUAUGUACCGGACUGGGUUCCGCGAUGCGAGUGUUGCUUCUGAAGUACUCUCUUCUCUUGAGUGGUGGUCAAGUUAUGGCAGCUGGGUAAAUAUAUCUGGUGUCGGACACCCCACGAAUUCAUUUAUUAGUAUUUAUUAGUCUCCGC